AAAAUACUGGAAGAAUUAUCAAAAAUACGUAAAUCUUAAAAAUAAUCUUGGAUUCAUCAAAAAAUAUAAAUAAACGAUUCCCCCUGAAUGUAAAACUAUAAUGCCAAUUGAUUUCUGAUUAUUGGCGAGACCUCCAAUUUUUCGUGCCAUUGAAAUAGAGUUUAACCUCUUAUUGUGUUCUGUCGUAUUCUUGUCUAUCUGGCGAAUUAUUAUCGAGAAAAAAGCGAAAUAAAUAGAAAUAAAUGUAAUGAACAAGCAUUUAAUGAUGUGACGUGAGCAAAUUGAAACCGAAGCCUGAAACUGCUAAAUUGCUGUGGGAGUAAAAUUUGCUUAUGGAUUAUGUCUGAAAGCAGUGAAAAUAUUAUUGGCGAGUACGAAGAGGGGGCGAUUGACGAAGAGGGUCAUCAGAUGCAAUUGACAGAUGACAUUAGCCAUUCGGGGAUGUCAAAAUUGUUAAGAGAACAAAAUCAAUUGUUGAUGAGACAGAAGUCACAGCAGUUUGUCGAGGAAAUCGAUUUCCGGGAGAUACAGACCGAAGAGAGACCUGAAACCCCCAAAUUUAUUGUUGAUCCUGGGGGGGAGAACGUUGAAGAUCUGCGACUUUGGUACUGCGUGCGACCUGAACACCUACAUGACGAACAACAAGGGUUCAGCAGCGUGGAUGGCUCCAGAAGUCUUCGAGGGCUCCAAAUACACUGAGAAGUGUGACAUCUUCAGUUGGGGAGUAAUCCUGUGGGAAGUGCUGACGAGGAGAAAGCCUUUCGACGACAUUGGAGGAUCCGCUUACAGAAUCAUGUGGGCAGUGCAUGUUGGUCAACGCCCACCACUCAUCGAGGGUUGUCCCAAGCCCAUUGAGGACCUUAUCACGAGGUGUUGGCAGAAAAAUCCUGAGGGCCGCCCUGGGAUGGAGGACAUCGUCACAGUAAUGACUCAUUUGUCAGAGUUCUUCAGCGGAGAGUUGGAACCGGUGGAGUAUAUUCGAAGCGCGAGUGAAGAUUUCGAGGAAAUGGAUAACGAAGACGAUACGAUAGACAUGACGUGGAAUGAAUCGAGUCAGGUGGACAGAACUCCUCGGGAUGACAAUCAGGAGACUUUGGCGGGGAAAUCAAAUAAUGAACUAGGGAAAAGGGAAAAUCCUGAAUUCGUGGAAGAGAUAGAUAACGCGACUCCGAGGAUGACACGGCCUCCAGGAGCUCCAGUGAGAUCUGGGGGAAUCGCUUCGAUGGAGGGGCAAGGUCAUCAACCCCUUCAUAUUGAUUGUGAUCCGGGCGCCUGGGAACUUCAGUCCUCGACAGACGCGUCCUGGGAGCUCCAGAAUAUGGCAGGACUCGACAAGAUGGGUCUAAAGGUGAAGAAGAAUAGCGAGCAAAUACCUGAAAGCAGUACAAGUGCAGAUGACCUGGACGACGUGUAUCGAGUUUUGGAUGCGGAUUUGCGACCCCUGACACCGGACAACAGUUGUCCAAUAUCGAAGGAGAUAUUCGAGGAGCACAAGCUCCUGGCGCAGGAAUAUCUUAAAAUUCAGACUGAGAUUGCCCUCGUCGGUCAGUACAGAAGUGAUAUGCUUAAGAGUUUAAGUCCAGAUGCUCUGAAGGAUCAGCAGGAGCUCAGCAAACUCGAGGACGAAAAGGAGUCAUUAGUGAAACUCUACAGGAAUUUGAAACGCCAGCUAGAGCUGAUGAAGGGUCAGGGAGUGACAUCGACGCCCUCAGUGAAUUCAGCAGUUCCUGGGAACAAUGGGUGGGUCUUCAUACCCCGGCAGGAGCCAUCAAGAAUCUCUUGAAUUCGACUGAUUUCUCGUUUAGUCUCAAUUCAGAAACCUCGAUAUUUCAUCCUCAUCAUCGAUACUUCAUGUCAAAUUUCUCAAUUAUUUUUAAUUUUAAGUCAGCAUGAUUAAUUUUUAAGAAUUGAGUUAGAAUGGAGAG